AUAUCACUUCGACACUUCCCGAGUUCCCAUCCCGCAUACAACCACGCCACCUACCUCCCUCUCUCUCAAACCUCAGUCUCAGUUGAAGCACCCUGACGGCCGCGAGACGACUCCUCACCGUUCUCGUCCCUUCUCCGUUCUCGUCCCACAGCCACGACCACCCACCCACCCAGUCGCCAGUCCCGCAGCCACCCACCCACCCACUCGCCAAAGCCAGAGUCUCUUCUCUCCAUCAUUCGCGUCUUCAGUCCUGCAGCCACGACCACCCACCCACCCAGUGCCAGUUCCUUCGCGUCUCUCUCUCACGGCCAUCGCUCGAGGCUCGCGUCUCUCUCUCACGGCUGACGCAGCUGCUCGCAUCUCUCCCUGAUGGCCAUUGCUCGCAUCUCUUCCUUGCAAUCGUGGUAAUCGGGUACGGAUAGAUAAGUCCGUGUAAUAGAUAUAUUAAAUUUAGCGGUACCCUAGCCUUGCCUUCCCUAUCUUCAGGCGCCUAAAUGGAGAAGAAGCGAGCUAGACACCAAAACCCUAAGCCCUUUAUCGCAGAAGACAUUGACUGCGUUGCCUCUGCUAAGAAACGAUCGAAGGCAGCAAAACAUCACCAAAAGCAAGAAACUAUGAUAUCUUCGGGGAUGAGCUCGAAAAUUUUGAAAGAGGCUCUUAUACAGCAAAAAGAGAUUCAAGAGGAGGCUGAGCAGGCUAAUCCUGCUAACAAUGCCUUUGUUGUGGCAGAGGAAGACGCUGCUAGGCAUCAACAAGAAGAGGAGGACGAUGAUUUUGAUGAUUUUAGUGGAUUCUCUGAGACUCAAACCCAGUUUGGUGAUGAGGAGAUUGAUGAGGAUGAGGAGAAAUUACUGGAGGCUUUCUUAUCAAAGGAAGCUGGUCCACAGCGUACACUUGCAGACCUCAUAAUUGAAAAGAUUAAACAGGAGAAUGCAAAUAUUUCUUCAGAUACACAACCCAUGCCAAAAUUGGAUCCCUCUAUAAUAGAUUUAUACAAGGGGCUUGGUGAGUUUCUGAGUAGAUAUACAGUUGGAAAAAUGCCUAAAGCAUUUAAGCAUAUCCCUUCAAUGCAACUAUGGGAGGAUGUCUUGUACCUGACUAAACCUGAGAGCUGGUCUCCAAAUGCCAUGUAUCAAGCGACAAGAAUCUUUGCUUCCAAUUUGGGUGCGAAGAAAGCAGAGCUUUUCUAUAGGCUUGUAUUGCUUCCUCGAAUCAGAGAUGAUGUUAAACAGAACAAGAGGCUGCAUUUUGCUCUGUAUCAAGCUCUGAAAAAAUCACUUUACAAACCUGCUGCAUUCAACAAGGGAAUAUUGUUUCCACUAUGUAAGUCAGGGACUUGUAAUCUUAGGGAGGCCGUCAUUGUUGGAAGUAUUAUUCAAAAGGUUUCCAUUCCCAUGCUUCAUUCAAGUGCUGCAUUAUUGAAGCUUGCAGAGAUGGAGUAUUGUGGCACAACAAGUUACUUUAUCAAGCUUCUUUUGGAAAAGAAAUAUGCAUUGCCUUAUCGUGUACUUGAUGCUGUUGUUGCUCAUUUUAUGAGAUUUCUUGACGAGACAAGAAUAAUGCCCGUAAUAUGGCACCAGUCGCUUCUUGCCUUUGUGCAAAGGUACAAGAAUGAAUUGACGAAAGAAGAUAAGCAGAAUCUUAGAACACUAGUCGGAAAGCAAAAACAUAAAUUAGUAACUCCUGAAAUUAUUCGAGAGCUAGACAGUAGCCGUAAUCGCGGUGAAAAGGAGGAUCCAAUGUCAAUGACAUCUCCUAUUUCUGUGAUAAACAAAGUGAUCGAGGAAGACAGGUUUGAUAUUCCACAAGUGCCCAUGGAGGAGGAUUGAAUGUUUUGCCCUUGUUGCAGAUUCAGAGAGGGAGCUUCGAAUAUCUGUUUGUGGGUUGCCAGAAUUUUGACAGAAAGCAGAUUCAGAGGAGGGGGAGCCUUGAGUACGUGUUUGUGGGUUGGCAAAAUUUUGAGAGCAAGCAGAUUCAAUUUUGAUGUGUGUGAAAUGAAAUAGAUAGUCUUUUGAAAUGAAUGAUUUGGAGGUAACAGCUUGGUUUGUGUUGAUAAUAUAUAUGUUUUAUUUGAUUAGGUAGGUUCGUUGCAUAGAGAAGUUUUAUUUUUAACUUCCUUGUAGAAGUAUGCAUUUUGAUUUACGUAUUACAAAGGAAUAAUUUCAAAACUA